GCAGUACUCUGGGCCGCUGCUGAACAAUCAGGGCAGCGAUAAGUACAUCUCGUCGUCGCUCAUCGGGACGCACAACUACUUCUUGUAUAUGGGCGACCUCGAUUUCGUCAAGUCUGUCUGGCCAAACUACACCAAGGCGGUCGGCUUCCUUGAAGGUCAGGUGGACUCGACGGGCCUGAUGACCGUCCCGUCUUCAUUCUCGAAUGACUGGGGCAGGGCAGGAGGCGCCGGAAACAACGCUCGUCACCGCGACGGACCUGGCGACGCAUCUCGGCAACGUCUCCCUCGCCGCCACAUACCUCGCCAACGCAACCAAAAUGCAAACCGCGCUCAACAGCCUGCUGUGGGACGCCGCUGAGGGCCUGUUCCGCGAGAACGACGUCCCGACAAGCAUCUACCCGCAGGCCGGCAACGCGUUUGCGGUCCUGUACAACCUCACGACAUCGGAUGCACAGAACAAGGCCGUGAGUGCUGAACGUUACAUGAAGAUUAAAUCACCAGCAGUCGAUCGCAACUCAUGCUGGGAGGUUUAUUUACAGCUUUUGGCCAAGUUCAAGGCCCUCGACGAGCUUCACAAUAUUGAUCAGACAAUAGACGACAGGUGGGCUUACGCCCUUAGCCAUGCAGCGGCAGAGUACAAGGACGAGAUCGCACCCUUACCUAACCUGAAGGAGCUUCAUGGUGGUGAUGGUGUCAUUGGACGGAACGUUGAUAUGGGCGGGGUGAAAAACGGCUACGGAUUGGGGCCGGAGCAUCAUGCCCGAUUGAAUGCAAUUCUCGACGAAAUUGAGCCGAACUUUGGUCCCGAUGAGUCAUAAACUGUUGGUCCCGAUCUUGAUUACAUGCUCACUACGCUAUCUCGAAUAUUAUGCUAUCUCGAAUGUUGGGCUUUUCGAAUAUUACGAUAUUGCGAUGU